GAAAGAUGUUAAUCCUCUCAGUCUGAACAAAGGGUCACAGUACCAACAGCACCUGAGGAUAACAUGGGCCUGUUGUCCAUUCUUCGGAGGCUGAAGCAGACCCCAGAUCAGGAGGUGCGCUUACUGCUGCUGGGCUUGGACAACGCUGGCAAGACCACUCUGCUGAAACAGCUGGCGGCGGAAGAUAUCAGCCACAUCACCCCCACACAAGGUUUCAAUAUAAAGAGCGUUCAAUCAUCUGGCUUCAAGUUAAAUGUGUGGGACAUAGGAGGUCAGCGCAAGAUCCGCCCCUACUGGAAGAAUUAUUUUGAGAACACAGAUGUACUGAUCUAUGUGAUUGACAGCUCCGACAGGAAAAGGUUUGAAGAGACAGGUCUGGAGCUGGCUGACUUGCUGGAGGAGGAAACGCUCGCUGCUGUGCCACUGCUGGUUUUUGCCAACAAGCAGGAUCUGACGACUGCCACCCCAGCGUCUGAGCUGGCAGAAUGUCUCAGUCUGCACACGAUCCGAGACCGCAUGUGGCAGGUCCAGGCCUGCUCAGCAGUCACUGCUGAGGGACUGCAGGACGGCAUGAACUGGGUUUGCAGAAAUAUAAAGUUUCGGAAGAAAUAAUUCAGGAAGAAAAAAAGAUCUAUGAAGAAUUGCAGUUGCACUUUACAUUUGACAUACAGUGAUCUCAUGCACGAUACAAGGAGGCGACAGAAUGUGUUUCUUUUUAUUUUGGUCAUUCUGUUUAAACUUGGCAGUAUAAAAAACAAGUAGAAUGUCUCAAUACAGUGAUGUUAAGUGAUCUUAACCCUUUCAAUGCAUAUGUUGAAAUGUAAAUACUGUAUAUAUGAGGGUGUUUUCUUCUAACUGCACACAAUUUAUUUUUGUAAUAUGUUAUUUUUAAUGUUAUUAAUUUGUAGGCAUUCACUGUCGUAAUAAAAUGCAAUAU